GCAAAAACACCUUCAGCAAGCUGACAUCUUUCCUGUCGGUACACGUGUGAGUCAAGCCUGACAUAAACAUGGAAAAGCCCGUUGUUUUGGCGAGAGUUAUGAAGAUUUUGGGCCGCACUGGGUCUCAGGGCCAGUGCACCCAGGUGAAGGUGGAAUUCAUCGGGGAACAGAACCGCCAAAUCAUCCGGAACGUGAAGGGACCCGUGAGGGAAGGCGACAUCCUCACCCUGCUCGAGUCUGAGCGAGAAGCAAGAAGGUUAAGAUAAAGGCCCCCUCUGCACGGAGGACUGGAAAUAUGGCUGAGGUUCGACACAGCGCUGCUCCUCUCGCCGCGGAAGACUCCACCAACCUUUCGUCAUAACCUUGCAUUAUCAUACGCUUAAUAAAGCAGAAAACUUGAAAACCCGAA